CUCACAGGUGGGCAGCCGGCUGACAUGUGCGGGAUCACAGGCUGUACGAGGUGCAGGUGGCCGCCUCUGGACGCAGUUUUGGGUCGACACUUGAUGUGAAAAGUGAGGUCGUCUGGGACACCAGUGUUCUGAGAGGUGGAGCAAUGACAGAAGAGCCAUGAUGCUGCGGCCAGCCAUGGCCAAACCCCGGAGACAAGCUUUACGGGGAGCCGGAUACCUGUCUCAGGCUCAGUCCUCCUCCUGCCUCUCCAUGACAGAGGAACUUUUCUUAGAUGCUGCAGAAUACGGCAACAUUGCCGAAGUGCGGCGGAUGCUACGUGAGCUGCCGGACCUCAAUGUCAACUGUGUGAACUACAUGGGCCAGAAUGCAUUGCAGCUGGCAGUUGCCAAUGAGCAUUUGGACGUGACAAAACUCCUGCUUCGGAAGAAAGACCUCGCCAGAAUAGGAGAUGCUUUGCUGUUAGCCAUCAGUAAAGGGUACAUCCGUAUAGUGGAGGCCAUACUGAGCCAUGAGGCCUUCGCGGACGGUCAGAGGCUGACCAACAGUCCCAGUCAGGCCGAGACACACGAUGACUUCUUUGCCUACGAUGAGGAUGGCACACGUUUCUCUCACGACAUCACCCCCAUCAUCCUGGCCUCCCAGUGCCACGAGUAUGAAAUAGUGCACAUAUUUCUUACGAAGGGGGCCCGUAUAGAGCGGCCCCACGACUACUUCUGCCAGUGCAGGACCUGCAGCGAGCAGCAAAAGCACGACUCAUUUAGUCACUCACAAUCCCGUAUCCAUGCGUAUAAAGGUUUGGCCAGUCCAGCGUAUCUGUCACUUUCCAACGAGGACCCUGUGACGGCGGCUCUGGAGCUGGGCAAUGAGCUUGCAGUUCUGGCCAACACUGAGAAGGAGUUCAAGAAUGAUUACCAGAAACUGUCCAUGCAGUGUAAAGACUUCGUGGUGGGACUUCUGGAUUUGUGCCGAAACACAGAGGAGGUGAAGGCCAUCUUAAACGGAGACACUGAAUCAUGCCAAAGCUCUGAAACCUUCGGCAGACAAAACCUUAUCAGGUUGAAACUUGCAAUAAAAUAUGAAGUAAAAAAGUUCGUGGCACAUCCAAACUGCCAACAGCAGCUCCUCUCCAUCUGGUACGAGAACUUGUAUGGACUACGUCAGCAAACCACAGCAGUGAAAAUCCUGCUUGUCCUCGGUGUAGCUGUUGGGUUGCCUGUCCUGGCCUUCAUGUACUGGAUAGCACCAUCGAGUAAGUUAGGAAAACUUGUGUGUGGACCUUUCCUGAAGUUUGUGGCCCACGCAGCUUCCUUCAUGAUAUUUCUUUGCCUGCUGGUCCUGAAUGCAGCAGACCGGUUUGGGGGAACGUCGCUGCUGCCCAACAUGACCGUCCACGACCACCCCUCGCAGCUGUUUCGUAUGAAAACCACCUCCUUCACCUGGAUGGAGAUCCUCAUCAUAUCCUGGGUCAUAGGGAAGAUCUGGGAAGAAUGUAAAGAUAUCUGGUCGCAGGACAUCCGGGAAUACAUCGCUGAACCCUGGAACCUUCUUGAUUUUAGUAUUUUGUCCAUUUUUAUGACCUCUUUCAUUGCCAGAUUAAUGGCUUUCUGGCAUGCAUACACUGCCCAGUGUUACGUCGACAAGCACUAUACUGACCUGUCCAACAUGACGUUGCCCUUUGAGAUACAGUAUUUCCAGCUGGCUCGAGUCAACUGGAUGCCGUCAGACCCGCAGCUUAUUUCUGAAGGCCUCUAUGCGAUCGCGGUGGUGCUGAGUUUCUCUCGCAUUGCAUACAUUCUGCCAGCCAACGAGAGCUUUGGCCCUCUGCAGAUCUCUCUGGGAAGAACAGUGAAAGACAUCUUUAAGUUCAUGGUGAUUUUCAUCACAGUUUUCGUGGCUUUCAUGGUGGGGAUGUUCAAUCUGUACUCGUACUACCUCGGAGCCAAGUACAACGAUGCCUUUACAACGCUCGAAGAGAGUUUCAAAACGCUAUUUUGGGCCAUCUUUGGCUUGUCGGAAGUGAAAUCAGUGGUCAUUAACAUCGACCACAAGUUCAUCGAGAAUAUUGGCUAUGUUCUCUACGGGGUGUACAACAUCAUCAUGGUGAUUGUCCUGCUGAAUAUGCUCAUUGCCAUGUUCAACAGCUCCUUCCAGGAAAUUGAGGAUGAUUCUGACGUUGAGUGGAAGUUUGCCAGAGCUAAACUGUGGCUGUCGUACUUUGAGUACAGCGGCACACUGCCAGUGCCCUUCAACCUCGUACCCAACCCCACAUCUGUCAUUUCCUUCUUGCUGGGGAUGAGGCAGUUUCUUUGGGAUGUACCUCAAGGCAAAGGCAAGGGAAAUCCAAAUGAUGAGAUGGAGCUUAACAAGUUGAGGCAACAGGAGGACCUGAGCGUGGAAGAAUCACUCGGUCCAACCCGCCACCAAAAGAUAAUGAAUCGCCUCAUCAAAAGAUACAUCUUGAAAGCGCAGAGAGACAAAGACAACGAUGAAGUGAAUGAAGGCGAACUGAAAGAGAUCAAGCAGGACAUCUCCAGUCUGCGCUACGAGCUGCUGGAGAGGGGGAGCCGGGACAUGGAGACACUGGCAAAGCUCAUCAGGCAACUGGGAGAAGUGAUGAACAUUCACCAGAGAGAAGAGCAGAAGAGUUAGCUGGCUGCACUUUCUUAACUAAUGUAGAUAUUAGAGAUGUAUUAACUGGACUUGCUUCACUCUCUGAGUCAUUCAGGGGUGCACUGUCUUAACACAUGUUUUUAGACAAAAACUGAGAGAUUUAUAUUCUGUAUUUUAAAUAUACUAAUAUUGUUAACAUCUUUCAUUUUUUCCCUUAGUGUAGAUGUAUCACUUCAGGAGUAGAAUACUUAUACAGAUUUGUCCCUGUCGCUGCAUGUGCACAUGUAUGGUAAUAUGCACCACAGACUGCUAAUAUAUGAUUUUCAGACUUUGAUUUAUAGAUGAUUUUUUUAAUCUGGAGUAAAAGCAGUUUAAGAUGAAUUUGAAAAAGAACUGCAUAUAUUUGAAGUGGCAGGUUGAGAAGUCGGAUGUAACACAAAGAUAAAUGAUGCUUGUUGGUAAUGGCUCAGAGCUCAGAGCUGUCUGUUGUUAAUCUGUUAAACUGUUAAUCUCAAAUUGUGAGAUAAUUACUAUCAUUAUUAUUUUUCCUGUAACCUUGGAAUCGUCCAGCAGGACUCCAGUUUUAAAAAAUAUUCAUACAAGACCAUUAACUUGUUUUAUGUUGUGUGUAAUAAAAAUGUUGAUCACUUAAGCAUAAUGUUUAAUGGACAUAAUUAAAGGAUUAUCUUCACCUCAUGGA